UUAGCUCGUUUGUGUAUUGUUUAUUAUUUUUGUCGAUUCUCGGUUAUCCAAAAGGAAAAAUAAGAGCCUAUAAGUUAUCGCGCGCGCAAAAUUUAAUCCUAGACAGUAAAGUUAAAAAGAAAACAGUUAAAAUUUACGAAAAAAAAUUGUCUUUGCAUGAGCAUAAAACUUUAUAUUUUGUGAGAUAAAACUAUUGAAAAUAUCUACUUGAAGAAAAAUCAUACAAGUUAUUGAUCGAAACCACUGAAUAAUUCAAUAAUUUGAAAGUGAUUCGUCAUCUUUCAAAAGUGAUUUUGAGUUUGUGAAACCGAAUCAAAUUAUUCAAAAUAAAAAUAUAAAAAAAAUUAAAUAAACAGUUAAGAGUGGAACAGUAUUGUAAAGCAAACGGAAUCAUCAGAUGAAUAAAAAAUAUUCAAGUGAUCACAAAACGCUCCUGAUGUCAUGACUAGGUUGUUGUCGUGAUAAUUAUUAAUGAAAAUAUUUUAUGAAACGAUCACUUCUGAAUUAUUCGAGCUGAGAAGAAGAAAGAAAAAAGAAAAUAAAUAAAAAAAAUAGUUUUAUUAACAGUUAUAUCAAUCUGCUGAGGUGUACAUGUUAAUAUCGACAUUGUUGCUCAAUUUGUGACUUUAUAUUACGCAGCCACGAGCCAUGAAACUUGCUUGUUGAGUCACCGAGGCUGCUGGAAGAAAACAAAAAUUAUAAUUUCAAAUUCGUAUUUAUUUAGAAUUAAAAGAAAAAAAAGAAAUCCAAAAAAAUAUUUGGAUUUCAAUUUGUGUGUUAUGGAUACAAGAGAUUCAGAUUUAGGAGACGAUUCAAUGUCACACAUCGAUGAGCAUUCUGAUCGUGAAGACGAUCUCCGUGAUUGUGAUUCAAGCGAUGAAGGAGUCAAUGUGAAUACAAAUGGAACACAUGCAGCAAUCGAUUUUGGUAGUCGAAGUCCGAAUCGAAAUUCUGAGAUCAUGAAUGAUCCACAAUUUCCAACGAGUCAUGCUUUAGGCAUGCUUAGUAAUCUUUCAGCCCUUAACAUGGGAGUUCAAAAUCUUCAGAAUUUUCAGCAACAUAGCGAUGUUCUUGAGAAAAUUAAAAUGCAAGUUAGAGACAUGAAAGUUGGCUUCAUGAAUACAGACUUCUCUGCACUUCAUCCUUCUUUCACAAGCACAUUACAAAAUAGCUUAGGCUUCAACCCAGCACAAAACUUACAGAACACAACAUCACAGAGUAAUAAUGACUCGUCAAAUGGAUUCCCCUUCACAUCGUCAACACCGGCGGCGAAUAAAGAUGGCUCAAACUCAUCAACAUCAAGUGAAACAUCGAAUUCGUCACAGCAGAAUAAUGGAUGGAGCUUCGAAGAACAGUUUAAACAAGUUCGACAGCUUUAUGAAAUCAACGACGAUCCAAAGCGAAAACUCUUCCUCGACGAUCUCUUUUUAUUCAUGCAAAAGCGAGGCACACCAAUCAAUCGACUUCCCAUCAUGGCUAAAUCAGUAUUAGAUUUGUACGAGUUGUACAAUUUGGUGAUAGCUCGUGGUGGGCUUGUAGAUGUGAUUAAUAAGAAAUUAUGGCAAGAGAUUAUUAAAGGACUUCACUUACCUUCAAGUAUCACAAGCGCAGCAUUCACUCUAAGGACACAAUACAUGAAAUAUUUGUAUCCAUAUGAGUGCGAGAAGAAACAUUUAAGCACGCCAGCUGAAUUACAAGCCGCAAUUGAUGGCAAUCGUCGUGAGGGACGUCGAACUAGUUAUGGACAAUUUGAGUCACAAAUGCAACAACAAUUGCAAAUGCCUCAAAUGCAACGAUCACCAAUUCCAAACAGUCUUCAGCAAAUGUCGCCGCUUUCUUUAGUGACACAUGGAAAUCAGAACCCACAUAGACUGAUGGGUGCACCGCCUGUUGGACAGUUGCCCAGUAUAGUUCCACAUGACAUUGAACAGCGAAUGCUUGAAUACAUCAAACUUUUCCAAACACCUAAAGACAUUAAACGCCCACAAAGUCCCGACGUCUCACGUGAGGCAUUGAAUGCCCUGGAAAUGUCACGAAUGGCACUCUGGAAUAUGUAUCAGAAUGCUAGUCCACCGAAUCAACACCACAACACGACUAGUCCACCAGAAGUACAACGUGAAGCGUUGAAUUUACAACGUGAAUCACCAUCGCCCAUCCCAGCUCAAUCACCGAUGAUUUCAAUAAAACGCGAACGCGAUCAACACGAUGUCAACGAUUAUCAUGUUCCACCCACAAAGAGAGGCUUUGGACGCAACAAUAGCGACCUGAAUCGUAAAAGUUCCAUCAACAACAAUCAUCAUCACAUAAGCAACAAUAAUACGCACGUGACACCGACGAAAAUCACCAACAAAGCAAUGGAUCGAUCGGAAUCGCCGAAUAUUGAAAACGGUAAUCACCAUCGAUCACCAUCGGCCCAUCAUAAACCACAAAAUGGUAUGGACAAUCUUGGCAGCACCAUUUUGAAUGGAAUGCAAUUCAAGAUUGUCAGUAAAGAUAAUUCAUCAACUGGUGAACCACAAUUGGUUGUGAAACUCGAAGUCAAUGGAAUAUCAUUUGAAGGUGUUCUUUUCCCCAAUCCCAACACAUCACCAUCGACAUCUUUGACACCAUCAACGGCAUCAACUGAACCGAUGGUGUCACCAAAUAAGAAUUCAUCACCAGCAAUUGGUAAUGACGAUCAUAAAAUGGCCCAUCAUCCAAUAGUUUCAUCUUAAAUAAAUAUUCAUAAAUUUAUUCUCUGGUGACGUUUCGUAAAAGUGCAAGAAAAGUUAUCGAAUGAAUGAUGACAAAAUAAAAAUAAAUAUAUAGAAAAAUAAAAAUUUC